UCCUCCUCUCUCUGCAAUGACCUGAAGCUCCAGCUCUGCAAGCAGUGAUCAGUGAUGCAUAAUGCAAUGCAGGGCAGCCCGGAAUAAUCUGGUUGGCAUCCAAGGAUGUAUAUUCACCGAGAGGCUGGGGAGUGUGUCAGCAUUUAGUUUCAGUCUAGCUGCACUUUUCCUGCAGCACAGAAUCACAAAGUCUCCGUCUCCUCCUCUGGAUUGGGACUGAUUCUUCACUGGGAGCCUCUGAAAAGACAAAGUUUUCCUCCCUUGUUAUUGCUGUACCACCAUAAUCUACCAAGAUGUGUGACUGCUUUCAUCUAGUUCUUCCUAACUGGCCAGGAUCUCCAGCCAGUGGUUCUGGACGACAGCUGAGACCAGCUGAGCCCCCCGGAGAUGCUGAUGCUGAUGCGGAUGCAGAGGAUGAAGAUUCUGUUAAUGAAGUGGCAGUAGAAGACAUUCGUCCAAGGCCACAGGGAUCCUCUCCAGUUUAUGAGUAUCCCACAGAAGAAGAAUAUUUAAAGCUUCAAGAAGAAAACAAAAAACAUUCUACAGACAAAUCAAAACAGAGUCAUCCACAGGAGACAAUGGAAGUAACCCUGAAAACAGAAGCGGAAGCUGGUGCUAGUGGUUUUAGUGUGAAAGGUGGAGGAGAUGAAGGAAUAUUUAUUAAAAAAGUACUUAAGGAAUCUCCUGCUUCAAAAAUAUUUAGUCUUAAAGAAGGUGAUCAGCUUCUAAGUGCUACAAUAUUUUUUGAUAACAUCAAAUAUGAAGAUGCACUCAAGAUUCUCCAGUAUUCCGAGCCGUACAGAGUCCAGUUCAGCCUCAAAAGAAAAAUUGCUGUGAAAGAAGAGCUGGAACAUUCUACAGCUCAAUACAAGAAGGAAAGAAUAAGCCAGGAGAAAGAACUCAGUGAGAGCAUUCCUGAAGAAACGCUUCAUGUUUCAGGAAAAGCCAUUUCAGAAGAAGACAGGGAAACAUUAAUUGCAAGCCAAAGAGUAGGAAGAAGCAAGAGACCUAAAAAAGACAGAUUAUCAUGGCCAAAAUUCCAGUCAAUCAAAAAUAAAAAGAUAUUGAGGCACAGAAGAUCUCAUAGUACAUCAGAUGCAUAUGAACCUGCUGUACAGGAUAUUUCUCCUACAAGCACAGACACAGAGUCUCAAUUUCCACAAGAAGUUCAUACCAAAGAAAAAAAAGGAAGCCAAAGGAAGCUGAAGUUCCCUAGCAUUGGAUUCAGAAUGCACAGGUCCAAAACAGACCUACAAGAGAAACAAAAAAAAGAAAUAAAAACUACACUGAUCUCUGAAAGAGAAAAAAUACAUGAAGAAGAUAUUAGCCUGGAAAAUCCUGAAAUCCUGACUGUUGAAUAUACCACAUCUCCUGCUUACAAAAUGAAAAUAGGGGAGGUACAGGAAACUUUAACAAAAGACUUAAAAGAUAUGAAAAAUGGCAUCCCAUCUCACGUAAAACAAUGCCCUGAAGUUGAAAUAAGCAUUAAAAAAGAAAAAGACAAGGAAUCAACAUCAAAAUUUAGUUUACCUGAGGUACCAGACAUAACAACAGAGAUACCAAAGCCCAGUUUAGAAACACCUGAUCUGAAAGCAAGUCCAACUGAAAAACCAUCACAAGCAUCAUCAAAAUCCCGAAAAAAGAAACAGAAAGGAACACCAGUUAAAAAAGAAGGAGAAAGUGAAAUUAACAUAGACUUGAUGAGUCACACAGCUAAAGGAUCUACACAGGUAAAAGGCCUAGAAAUAGGAACUGCAAAAGCAGAAUUAACCACAUCCGACACAGGGGAAGCAGGAGAAAAACAAGCAGAAGAAGACACAAAGAUACUAACGAUUCAGAAAACAAAAUUUGGGAUUUCAGUGCCCAAGAAAAAAGAGACAGAGACUGAAACCAUCAAACUGGGAAGUGAUGUUCCACAUUCAGAACCAGAAAAAACAAUGGAUGUGACUUCAGAGGGUGACAGGAAUUUGGAUGUGAAAACACACAUACCUGAUGCAGAACCAGAAGUAUCUUCUUGGAAAAUACAAAUGCCAUCAUUCAAAAUGACCAAAACACCUAAAACUGACAUGAAAAUAGCAAGACAAGAAAGCACAGGUGAAUCAGAAGAUACUGUAAAAAAGGAAUGGAUAGAAGAAGAUGGCAUGCCCACAAGUGACAAAACCUUAAAGUUAGAAAUUGAAAUGAAGACAGGGGAGAAAGAUAUAGAGGGAAAAGAAAACAAAUUCCGACUCCCAAAAUUAAAAUUUCCUACAUUUACCUGGUCAAAUACCAAGGAUGAAACAGGGAAAACUGAAGGACAGAUAAGUGAAAUGGAAGGAAAAGUGCCAACACUAAAAGAAGGAGCAGAAGCAGAGAUAUGUGGAUCAGCAGGAGAAACUAAAGUUCCAAGUGUUGAAGUGAAAACUGAGAUAUCAAAAGGAAAACUGAAAGAAAAUGACAUCAAAGAAAAGACAAAGGUCCAGCUGCCAAGUCCGAAAAAAAUAACUAUAAAAUCUUCCAACGAAGAAAAUGCCUUUCAGAAAACUACUGGAGAAAUAUUGAUGUCAAAAACAGAUAUUGAAAUAAAAAAGGGUGAAGAACAAUCAAAAAUUGACAUGAAGGCUCCCAAGGUGGACAUCAGCGUGCCCUCCGUCGAUGUCACCCUUCCCAAGGCCAGCGUUGACGUGCAGGCACCCGAGGCGACCCUCAGCCUGGAAGGGGAAACAAAAGCCCCAGAGAAGGAGGCCGCCAAGACCAAAGACGGCAAGUUCAAGAUGCCCAAGUUCGGCAUGCCUUCCUUUGGCUGGUCCAGUAGCAGAGAGGCCAAGGGCAGCGUGGCCGCCGAGGUGGACGUCAGCCUCAAGGAGCCCCAGGUGAUGCUGCCCUCGGGAGCCGCCGAAGUGGAGGUGAGCCUGCCUGGCGCCGAGAUCCAAGCGCCCGGCGUGGAGGUGACGCUGGAGGCGGCCGCCACAGGAGAGGGCGAGAAGGGUCGAUUCAAGAUGCCCGACGUCAAGAUGCCCGACGUCAAGAUGCCCAGCGUCAAGCUGCCCAAGGUCAAAGCUCCCCACGCGCAGGUCAGCCUGCCAAAGGCCGAGGUCUCGCUGCCCAAAGGCCAGGAGGGCGAAGUCGCCCUGCAGGGCCCCGAGGCCGAAGGCGGCCUGGAGGUGGCAGCCGGCAAAGUUGAGGGCGGCGGCAUGAAAAUACACAUGCCCAAAGUCAAGGUGCCCAGCGUGGUCUUCUCCAAACCCACCGUCAAGGCUCCCAAAGUGGAGGCCGACGUCAGCCUCCCGCAGGCAGAGCUCAAGGCCGGCACCGCCGAUGUCAGCAUCGUGGCCCCCGACAUCAAGUUGCCCUCCGUCGAAGGCUCCCUUGAGCUCCAGGCGCCCGACAUAGACCUCAAAGCACCCUCCGCUGAAGUCUCGCUCGACGGGGCCAAACUGGAAGCCUCGGGCCUGAAAGGGAAGCUUAAGAUGCCCAAGUUCGACAAGCCCAAAUUUGGAGUGUCCUCCCCCAAAGCGGAAGGGCCCGAGGUCAGCCUGCCCAGCGCAGAGGUCGAGCUCCCCUCCGCCACUGUGACGGCCGCAGGAGAGGGCCCCGGCCUGAGCCUCAAAGCCGACGUCCCCGGCGCCAAAAUCGAAGGGGCCGGCUGGAAGCUGGAGAAGCCCUCCCUGAAAAUGCCCAAAGCUGACAUCAAGGCUCCCAAGGUGGACAUCAGCAUGCCCUCCGUCGACGUCACCCUUCCCAAGGCCAGCGUUGACGUGCAGGCGCCCGAGGCGACCCUCAGCCUGGAAGGGGAAGCAAAAGCCCCAGAGAAGGAGGCCGCCAAGACCAAAGACGGCAAGUUCAAGAUGCCCAAGUUCGGCAUGCCUUCCUUUGGCUGGUCCAGCAGCAGAGAGGCCAAGGGCAGCGUGGCCGCCGAGGUGGACGUCAGCCUCAAGGAGCCCCAAGUGACGGUGCCCUCGGGAGCCACCGAGGUGGACAUCAGCCUCAAGGAGCCCCAGGUGACGCUGCCCUCGGGAGCCGCCGAAGUGGAGGUGAGCCUGCCCGGCGCCGAGAUCCAAGCGCCCGGCGUGGAGGUGACGCUGGAGGCAGCCGCCACAGGAGAGGGCGAGAAGGGUCGAUUCAAGAUGCCCGACAUCAAGAUGCCCGACGUCAAGAUGCCCAGCGUCAAGCUGCCCAAGGUCAAAGCUCCCCACGCGCAGGUCAGCCUGCCAAAGGCCGAGGUCUCGCUGCCCAAAGGCCAGGAGGGCGAAGUCGCCCUGCAGGGCCCCGAGGCCGAAGGCGGCCUGGAGGUGGCAGCCGGCAAAGUUGAGGGCGGCGGCAUGAAAAUACACAUGCCCAAAGUCAAGGUGCCCAGCGUGGUCUUCUCCAAGCCCACCGUCAAGGCUCCCAAAGUGGAGGCCGACGUCAGCCUCCCGCAGGCAGAGCUCAAGGCCGGCGCCGCCGACGUCAGCAUCGCGGCCCCCGACAUCAAGUUGCCCUCCGUCGAAGGCUCCCUCGAGCUCCAGGCGCCCGACAUAGACCUCAAAGCACCCUCCGCUGAAGUCUCGCUCGACGGGGCCAAACUGGAAGCCUCGGGCCUGAAAGGGAAGCUUAAGAUGCCCAAGUUCGACAAGCCCAAAUUUGGAGUGUCCUCCCCCAAGCGGGGGCCCGAGGUCAGCCUGCCCAGCGCAGAGGUCGAGCUCCCCUCCGCCACCGUGACGGCCGCAGGAGAGGGCCCCGGCCUGAGCCUCAAAGCCGACGUCCCCGGCGCCAAAAUCGAAGGGGCCGGCUGGAAGCUGGAGAAGCCCUCCCUGAAAAUGCCCAAAGCUGACAUCAAGGCUCCCAAGGUGGACAUUAGCGUGCCCUCCGUUGACGUCACACUUCCCAAGGCCAGCGUUGACGUGCAGGCGCCCGAGGCGACCCUCAGCCUGGAAGGGGAAGCAAAAACCCCAGAGAAGGAGGCCGCCAAGACCAAAGACGGCAAGUUCAAGAUGCCCAAGUUCGGCAUGCCUUCCUUUGGCUGGUCCAGCAGCAGAGAGGCCAAGGGCAGCGUGGCCGCCGAGGUGGACGUCAGCCUCAAGGAGCCCCAAGUGACGGUGCCCUCGGGAGCCACCGAGGUGGACAUCAGCCUCAAGGAGCCCCAGGUGACGCUGCCCUCGGGAGCCGCCGAAGUGGAGGUGAGCCUGCCCGGCGCCGAGAUCCAAGCGCCCGGCGUGGAGGUGACGCUGGAGGCGGCCGCCACAGGAGAGGGCGAGAAGGGUCGAUUCAAGAUGCCCGACAUCAAGAUGCCCGACGUCAAGAUGCCCAGCGUCAAGCUGCCCAAGGUCAAAGCUCCCCACGCGCAGGUCAGCCUGCCAAAGGCCGAGGUCUCGCUGCCCAAAGGCCAGGAGGGCGAAGUCGCCCUGCAGGGCCCCGAGGCCGAAGGCGGCCUGGAGGUGGCAGCCGGCAAAGUUGAGGGCGGCGGCAUGAAAAUACACAUGCCCAAAGUCAAGGUGCCCAGCGUGGUCUUCUCCAAGCCCACCGUCAAGGCUCCCAAAGUGGAGGCCGACGUCAGCCUCCCGCAGGCAGAGCUCAAGGCCGGCGCCGCCGACGUCAGCAUCGCGGCCCCCGACAUCAAGUUGCCCUCCGUCGAAGGCUCCCUCGAGCUCCAGGCGCCCGACAUAGACCUCAAAGCAGCCUCCGCUGAAGUCUCGCUCGACGGGGCCAAACUGGAAGCCUCGGGCCUGAAAGGGAAGCUUAAGAUGCCCAAGUUCGACAAGCCCAAAUUUGGAGUGUCCUCCCCCAAAGCGGAAGGGCCCGAGGUCAGCCUGCCCAGCGCAGAGGUCGAGCUCCCCUCCGCCACCGUGACGGCCGCAGGAGAGGGCCCCGGCCUGAGCCUCAAAGCCGACGUCCCCGGCGCCAAAAUCGAAGGGGCCGGCUGGAAGCUGGAGAAGCCCUCCCUGAAAAUGCCCAAAGCUGACAUCAAGGCUCCCAAGGUGGACAUCAGCGUGCCCUCCGUCGACGUCACCCUUCCCAAGGCCAGCGUUGACGUGCAGGCGCCCGAGGCGACCCUCAGCCUGGAAGGGGAAGCAAAAGCCCCAGAGAAGGAGGCCGCCAAGACCAAAGACGGCAAGUUCAAGAUGCCCAAGUUCGGCAUGCCUUCCUUUGGCUGGUCCAGCAGCAGAGAGGCCAAGGGCAGCGUGGCCGCCGAGGUGGACGUCAGCCUCAAGGAGCCCCAAGUGACGGUGCCCUCGGGAGCCACCGAGGUGGACAUCAGCCUCAAGGAGCCCCAGGUGACGCUGCCCUCGGGAGCCGCCGAAGUGGAGGUGAGCCUGCCCGGCGCCGAGAUCCAAGCGCCCGGCGUGGAGGUGACGCUGGAGGCGGCCGCCACAGGAGAGGGCGAGAAGGGUCGAUUCAAGAUGCCCGACAUCAAGAUGCCCGACGUCAAGAUGCCCAGCGUCAAGCUGCCCAAGGUCAAAGCUCCCCACGCGCAGGUCAGCCUGCCAAAGGCCGAGGUCUCGCUGCCCAAAGGCCAGGAGGGCGAAGUCGCCCUGCAGGGCCCCGAGGCCGAAGGCGGCCUGGAGGUGGCAGCCGGCAAAGUUGAGGGCGGCGGCAUGAAAAUACACAUGCCCAAAGUCAAGGUGCCCAGCGUGGUCUUCUCCAAGCCCACCGUCAAGGCUCCCAAAGUGGAGGCCGACGUCAGCCUCCCGCAGGCAGAGCUCAAGGCCGGCGCCGCCGACGUCAGCAUCGCGGCCCCCGACAUCAAGUUGCCCUCCGUCGAAGGCUCCCUCGAGCUCCAGGCGCCCGACAUAGACCUCAAAGCACCCUCCGCUGAAGUCUCGCUCGACGGGGCCAAACUGGAAGCCUCGGGCCUGAAAGGGAAGCUUAAGAUGCCCAAGUUCGACAAGCCCAAAUUUGGAGUGUCCUCCCCCAAAGCGGAAGGGCCCGAGGUCAGCCUGCCCAGCGCAGAGGUCGAGCUCCCCUCCGCCACCGUGACGGCCGCAGGAGAGGGCCCCGGCCUGAGCCUCAAAGCCGACGUCCCCGGCGCCAAAAUCGAAGGGGCCGGCUGGAAGCUGGAGAAGCCCUCCCUGAAAAUGCCCAAAGCUGACAUCAAGGCUCCCAAGGUGGACAUCAGCGUGCCCUCCGUCGACGUCACCCUUCCCAAGGCCAGCGUUGACGUGCAGGCGCCCGAGGCGACCCUCAGCCUGGAAGGGGAAGCAAAAGCCCCAGAGAAGGAGGCCGCCAAGACCAAAGACGGCAAGUUCAAGAUGCCCAAGUUCGGCAUGCCUUCCUUUGGCUGGUCCAGCAGCAGAGAGGCCAAGGGCAGCGUGGCCGCCGAGGUGGACGUCAGCCUCAAGGAGCCCCAAGUGACGGUGCCCUCGGGAGCCACCGAGGUGGACAUCAGCCUCAAGGAACCCCAGGUGACGCUGCCCUCGGGAGCCGCCGAAGUGGAGGUGAGCCUGCCCGGCGCCGAGAUCCAAGCGCCCGGCGUGGAGGUGACGCUGGAGGCGGCCGCCACAGGAGAGGGCGAGAAGGGUCGAUUCAAGAUGCCCGACAUCAAGAUGCCCGACGUCAAGAUGCCCAGCGUCAAGCUGCCCAAGGUCAAAGCUCCCCACGCGCAGGUCAGCCUGCCAAAGGCCGAGGUCUCGCUGCCCAAAGGCCAGGAGGGCGAAGUCGCCCUGCAGGGCCCCGAGGCCGAAGGCGGCCUGGAGGUGGCAGCCGGCAAAGUUGAGGGCGGCGGCAUGAAAAUACACAUGCCCAAAGUCAAGGUGCCCAGCGUGGUCUUCUCCAAGCCCACCGUCAAGGCUCCCAAAGUGGAGGCCGACGUCAGCCUCCCGCAGGCAGAGCUCAAGGCCGGCGCCGCCGACGUCAGCAUCGCGGCCCCCGACAUCAAGUUGCCCUCCGUCGAAGGCUCCCUCGAGCUCCAGGCGCCCGACAUAGACCUCAAAGCACCCUCCGCUGAAGUCUCGCUCGACGGGGCCAAACUGGAAGCCUCGGGCCUGAAAGGGAAGCUUAAGCUGCCCAAGUUCGACAAGCCCAAAUUUGGAGUGUCCUCCCCCAAAGCGGAAGGGCCCGAGGUCAGCCUGCCCAGCGCAGAGGUCGAGCUCCCCUCCGCCACCGUGACGGCCGCAGGAGAGGGCCCCGGCCUGAGCCUCAAAGCCGACGUCCCCGGCGCCAAAAUCGAAGGGGCCGGCUGGAAGCUGGAGAAGCCCUCCCUGAAAAUGCCCAAAGCUGACAUCAAGGCUCCCAAGGUGGACAUCAGCGUGCCCUCCGUCGACGUCACCCUUCCCAAGGCCAGCGUUGACGUGCAGGCGCCCGAGGCGACCCUCAGCCUGGAAGGGGAAGCAAAAGCCCCAGAGAAGGAGGCCGCCAAGACCAAAGACGGCAAGUUCAAGAUGCCCAAGUUCGGCAUGCCUUCCUUUGGCUGGUCCAGCAGCAGAGAGGCCAAGGGCAGCGUGGCCGCCGAGGUGGACGUCAGCCUCAAGGAGCCCCAAGUGACGGUGCCCUCGGGAGCCACCGAGGUGGACAUCAGCCUCAAGGAACCCCAGGUGACGCUGCCCUCGGGAGCCGCCGAAGUGGAGGUGAGCCUGCCCGGCGCCGAGAUCCAAGCGCCCGGCGUGGAGGUGACGCUGGAGGCGGCCGCCACAGGAGAGGGCGAGAAGGGUCGAUUCAAGAUGCCCGACAUCAAGAUGCCCGACGUCAAGAUGCCCAGCGUCAAGCUGCCCAAGGUCAAAGCUCCCCACGCGCAGGUCAGCCUGCCAAAGGCCGAGGUCUCGCUGCCCAAAGGCCAGGAGGGCGAAGUCGCCCUGCAGGGCCCCGAGGCCGAAGGCGGCCUGGAGGUGGCAGCCGGCAAAGUUGAGGGCGGCGGCAUGAAAAUACACAUGCCCAAAGUCAAGGUGCCCAGCGUGGUCUUCUCCAAGCCCACCGUCAAGGCUCCCAAAGUGGAGGCCGACGUCAGCCUCCCGCAGGCAGAGCUCAAGGCCGGCGCCGCCGACGUCAGCAUCGCGGCCCCCGACAUCAAGUUGCCCUCCGUCGAAGGCUCCCUCGAGCUCCAGGCGCCCGACAUAGACCUCAAAGCACCCUCCGCUGAAGUCUCGCUCGACGGGGCCAAACUGGAAGCCUCGGGCCUGAAAGGGAAGCUUAAGAUGCCCAAGUUCGACAAGCCCAAAUUUGGAGUGUCCUCCCCCAAAGCGGAAGGGCCCGAGGUCAGCCUGUCCAGCGCAGAGGUCGAGCUCCCCUCCGCCACCGUGACGGCCGCAGGAGAGGGCCCCGGCCUGAGCCUCAAAGCCGACGUCCCCGGCGCCAAAAUCGAAGGGGCCGGCUGGAAGCUGGAGAAGCCCUCCCUGAAAAUGCCCAAAGCUGACAUCAAGGCUCCCAAGGUGGACAUCAGCGUGCCCUCCGUCGACGUCACCCUUCCCAAGGCCAGCGUUGACGUGCAGGCGCCCGAGGCGACCCUCAGCCUGGAAGGGGAAGCAAAAGCCCCAGAGAAGGAGGCCGCCAAGACCAAAGACGGCAAGUUCAAGAUGCCCAAGUUCGGCAUGCCUUCCUUUGGCUGGUCCAGCAGCAGAGAGGCCAAGGGCAGCGUGGCCGCCGAGGUGGACGUCAGCCUCAAGGAGCCCCAAGUGACGGUGCCCUCGGGAGCCACCGAGGUGGACAUCAGCCUCAAGGAACCCCAGGUGACGCUGCCCUCGGGAGCCGCCGAAGUGGAGGUGAGCCUGCCCGGCGCCGAGAUCCAAGCGCCCGGCGUGGAGGUGACGCUGGAGGCGGCCGCCACAGGAGAGGGCGAGAAGGGUCGAUUCAAGAUGCCCGACAUCAAGAUGCCCGACGUCAAGAUGCCCAGCGUCAAGCUGCCCAAGGUCAAAGCUCCCCACGCGCAGGUCAGCCUGCCAAAGGCCGAGGUCUCGCUGCCCAAAGGCCAGGAGGGCGAAGUCGCCCUGCAGGGCCCCGAGGCCGAAGGCGGCCUGGAGGUGGCAGCCGGCAAAGUUGAGGGCGGCGGCAUGAAAAUACACAUGCCCAAAGUCAAGGUGCCCAGCGUGGUCUUCUCCAAGCCCACCGUCAAGGCUCCCAAAGUGGAGGCCGACGUCAGCCUCCCGCAGGCAGAGCUCAAGGCCGGCGCCGCCGACGUCAGCAUCGCGGCCCCCGACAUCAAGUUGCCCUCCGUCGAAGGCUCCCUCGAGCUCCAGGCGCCCGACAUAGACCUCAAAGCACCCUCCGCUGAAGUCUCGCUCGACGGGGCCAAACUGGAAGCCUCGGGCCUGAAAGGGAAGCUUAAGAUGCCCAAGUUCGACAAGCCCAAAUUUGGAGUGUCCUCCCCCAAAGCGGAAGGGCCCGAGGUCAGCCUGUCCAGCGCAGAGGUCGAGCUCCCCUCCGCCACCGUGACGGCCGCAGGAGAGGGCCCCGGCCUGAACCUCAAAGCCGACGUCCCCGGCGCCAAAAUCGAAGGGGCCGGCUGGAAGCUGGAGAAGCCCUCCCUGAAAAUGCCCAAAGCUGACAUCAAGGCUCCCAAGGUGGACAUCAGCGUGCCCUCCGUCGACGUCACCCUUCCCAAGGCCAGCGUUGACGUGCAGGCGCCCGAGGCGACCCUCAGCCUGGAAGGGGAAGCAAAAGCCCCAGAGAAGGAGGCCGCCAAGACCAAAGACGGCAAGUUCAAGAUGCCCAAGUUCGGCAUGCCUUCCUUUGGCUGGUCCAGCAGCAGAGAGGCCAAGGGCAGCGUGGCCGCCGAGGUGGACGUCAGCCUCAAGGAGCCCCAAGUGACGGUGCCCUCGGGAGCCACCGAGGUGGACAUCAGCCUCAAGGAACCCCAGGUGACGCUGCCCUCGGGAGCCGCCGAAGUGGAGGUGAGCCUGCCCGGCGCCAAGAUCCAAGCGCCCGGCGUGGAGGUGACGCUGGAGGCGGCCGCCACAGGAGAGGGCGAGAAGGGUCGAUUCAAGAUGCCCGACAUCAAGAUGCCCGACGUCAAGAUGCCCAGCGUCAAGCUGCCCAAGGUCAAAGCUCCCCACGCGCAGGUCAGCCUGCCAAAGGCCGAGGUCUCGCUGCCCAAAGGCCAGGAGGGCAAAGUCGCCCUGCAGGGCCCCGAGGCCGAAGGCGGCCUGGAGGUGGCAGCCGGCAAAGUUGAGGGCGGCGGCAUGAAAAUACACAUGCCCAAAGUCAAGGUGCCCAGCGUGGUCUUCUCCAAGCCCACCGUCAAGGCUCCCAAAGUGGAGGCCGACGUCAGCCUCCCGCAGGCAGAGCUCAAGGCCGGCGCCGCCGACGUCAGCAUCGCGGCCCCCGACAUCAAGUUGCCCUCCGUCGAAGGCUCCCUCGAGCUCCAGGCGCCCGACAUAGACCUCAAAGCACCCUCCGCUGAAGUCUCGCUCGACGGGGCCAAACUGGAAGCCUCGGGCCUGAAAGGGAAGCUUAAGAUGCCCAAGUUCGACAAGCCCAAAUUUGGAGUGUCCUCCCCCAAAGCGGAAGGGCCCGAGGUCAGCCUGCCCAGCGCAGAGGUCGAGCUCCCCUCCGCCACCGUGACGGCCGCAGGAGAGGGCCCCGGCCUGAGCCUCAAAGCCGACGUCCCCGGCGCCAAAAUCGAAGGGGCCGGCUGGAAGCUGGAGAAGCCCUCCCUGAAAAUGCCCAAAGCUGACAUCAAGGCUCCCAAGGUGGACAUCAGCGUGCCCUCCGUCGACGUCACCCUUCCCAAGGCCAGCGUUGACGUGCAGGCGCCCGAGGCGACCCUCAGCCUGGAAGGGGAAGCAAAAGCCCCAGAGAAGGAGGCCGCCAAGACCAAAGACGGCAAGUUCAAGAUGCCCAAGUUCGGCAUGCCUUCCUUUGGCUGGUCCAGCAGCAGAGAGGCCAAGGGCAGCGUGGCCGCCGAGGUGGACGUCAGCCUCAAGGAGCCCCAAGUGACGGUGCCCUCGGGAGCCACUGAGGUGGACAUCAGCCUCAAGGAGCCCCAGGUGACGCUGCCCUCGGGAGCCGCCGAACUCCAGGCACCCGACAUAGACCUCAAAGCACCCUCCGCUGAAGUCUCGCUCGACGGGGCCAAACUGGAAGCCUCGGGCCUGAAAGGGAAGUUUAAGAUGCCCAAGUUCGACAAGCCCAAAUUUGGAGUGUCCUCCCCCAAAGCGGAAGGGCCCGAGGUCAGCCUGCCCAGCGCAGAGGUCGAGCUGCCCUCCGCCACCGUGACGGCCGCAGGAGAGGGCCCCGGCCUGAGCCUCAAAGCCGACGUCCCCGGCGCCAAAAUCGAAGGGGCCGGCUGGAAGCUGGAGAAGCCCUCCCUGAAAAUGCCCAAAGCUGACAUCAAGGCUCCCAAGGUGGACAUCAGCGUGCCCUCCGUCGACGUCACCCUUCCCAAGGCCAGCGUUGACGUGCAGGCGCCCGAGGCGACCCUCAGCCUGGAAGGGGAAGCAAAAGCCCCAGAGAAGGAGGCCGCCAAGACCAAAGACGGCAAGUUCAAGAUGCCCAAGUUCGGCAUGCCUUCCUUUGGCUGGUCCAGCAGCAGAGAGGCCAAGGGCAGCGUGGCCGCCGAGGUGGACGUCAGCCUCAAGGAGCCCCAAGUGACGGUGCCCUCGGGAGCCACCGAGGUGGACAUCAGCCUCAAGGAACCCCAGGUGACGCUGCCCUCGGGAGCCGCCGAAGUGGAGGUGAGCCUGCCCGGCGCCGAGAUCCAAGCGCCCGGCGUGGAGGUGACGCUGGAGGCGGCCGCCACAGGAGAGGGCGAGAAGGGUCGAUUCAAGAUGCCCGACAUCAAGAUGCCCGAUGUCAAGAUGCCCAGCGUCAAGCUGCCCAAGGUCAAAGCUCCCCACGCGCAGGUCAGCCUGCCAAAGGCCGAGGUCUCGCUGCCCAAAGGCCAGGAGGGCGAAGUCGCCCUGCAGGGCCCCGAGGCCGAAGGCGGCCUGGAGGUGGCAGCCGGCAAAGUUGAGGGCGGCGGCAUGAAAAUACACAUGCCCAAAGUCAAGGUGCCCAGCGUGGUCUUCUCCAAGCCCACCGUCAAGGCUCCCAAAGUGGAGGCCGACGUCAGCCUCCAGCAGGCAGAGCUCAAGGCCGGCGCCGCCGACGUCAGCAUCGCGGCCCCCGACAUCAAGUUGCCCUCCGUCGAAGGCUCCCUCGAGCUCCAGGCGCCCGACAUAGACCUCAAAGCACCCUCCGCUGAAGUCUCGCUCGACGGGGCCAAACUGGAAGCCUCGGGCCUGAAAGGGAAGCUUAAGAUGCCCAAGUUCGACAAGCCCAAAUUUGGAGUGUCCUCCCCCAAAGCGGAAGGGCCCGAGGUCAGCCUGUCCAGCGCAGAGGUCGAGCUCCCCUCCGCCACCGUGAUGGCCGCAGGAGAGGGCCCCGGCCUGAGCCUCAAAGCCGACGUCCCCGGCGCCAAAAUCGAAGGGGCCGGCUGGAAGCUGGAGAAGCCCUCCCUGAAAAUGCCCAAAGCUGACAUCAAGGCUCCCAAGGUGGACAUCAGCGUGCCCUCCGUCGACGUCACCCUUCCCAAGGCCAGCGUUGACGUGCAGGCGCCCGAGGCGACCCUCAGCCUGGAAGGGGAAGCAAAAGCCCCAGAGAAGGAGGCCGCCAAGACCAAAGACGGCAAGUUCAAGAUGCCCAAGUUCGGCAUGCCUUCCUUUGGCUGGUCCAGCAGCAGAGAGGCCAAGGGCAGCGUGGCCGCCGAGGUGGACGUCAGCCUCAAGGAGCCCCAAGUGACGGUGCCCUCGGGAGCCACCGAGGUGGACAUCAGCCUCAAGGAACCCCAGGUGACGCUGCCCUCGGGAGCCGCCGAAGUGGAGGUGAGCCUGCCCGGCGCCGAGAUCCAAGCGCCCGGCGUGGAGGUGACGCUGGAGGCGGCCGCCACAGGAGAGGGCGAGAAGGGUCGAUUCAAGAUGCCCGACAUCAAGAUGCCCGACGUCAAGAUGCCCAGCGUCAAGCUGCCCAAGGUCAAAGCUCCCCACGCGCAGGUCAGCCUGCCAAAGGCCGAGGUCUCGCUGCCCAAAGGCCAGGAGGGCGAAGUCGCCCUGCAGGGCCCCGAGGCCGAAGGCGGCCUGGAGGUGGCAGCCGGCAAAGUUGAGGGCGGCGGCAUGAAAAUACACAUGCCCAAAGUCAAGGUGCCCAGCGUGGUCUUCUCCAAGCCCACCGUCAAGGCUCCCAAAGUGGAGGCCGACGUCAGCCUCCCGCAGGCAGAGCUCAAGGCCGGCGCCGCCGACGUCAGCAUCGCGGCCCCCGACAUCAAGUUGCCCUCCGUCGAAGGCUCCCUCGAGCUCCAGGCGCCCGACAUAGACCUCAAAGCAGCCUCCGCUGAAGUCUCGCUCGACGGGGCCAAACUGGAAGCCUCGGGCCUGAAAGGGAAGCUUAAGAUGCCCAAGUUCGACAAGCCCAAAUUUGGAGUGUCCUCCCCCAAAGCGGAAGGGCCCGAGGUCAGCCUGUCCAGCGCAGAGGUCGAGCUCCCCUCCGCCACCGUGACGGCCGCAGGAGAGGGCCCCGGCCUGAGCCUCAAAGCCGACGUCCCCGGCGCCAAAAUCGAAGGGGCCGGCUGGAAGCUGGAGAAGCCCUCCCUGAAAAUGCCCAAAGCUGACAUCAAGGCUCCCAAGGUGGACAUCAGCGUGCCCUCCGUCGACGUCACCCUUCCCAAGGCCAGCGUUGACGUGCAGGCGCCCGAGGCGACCCUCAGCCUGGAAGGGGAAGCAAAAGCCCCAGAGAAGGAGGCCGCCAAGACCAAAGACGGCAAGUUCAAGAUGCCCAAGUUCGGCAUGCCUUCCUUUGGCUGGUCCAGCAGCAGAGAGGCCAAGGGCAGCGUGGCCGCCGAGGUGGACGUCAGCCUCAAGGAGCCCCAAGUGACGGUGCCCUCGGGAGCCACUGAGGUGGACAUCAGCCUCAAGGAGCCCCAGGUGACGCUGCCCUCGGGAGCCGCCGAAGUGGAGGUGAGCCUGCCCGGCGCCGAGAUCCAAGCUCCCGGCGUGGAGGUGACGCUGGAGGCGGCCGCCACAGGAGAGGGCGAGAAGGGUCGAUUCAAGAUGCCCGACAUCAAGAUGCCCGACGUCAAGAUGCCCAGCGUCAAGCUGCCCAAGGUCAAAGCUCCCCACGCGCAGGUCAGCCUGCCAAAGGCCGAGGUCUCGCUGCCCAAAGGCCAGGAGGGCGAAGUCGCCCUGCAGGGCCCCGAGGCCGAAGGCGGCCUGGAGGUGGCAGCCGGCAAAGUUGAGGGCGGCGGCAUGAAAAUACACAUGCCCAAAGUCAAGGUGCCCAGCGUGGUCUUCUCCAAGCCCACCGUCAAGGCUCCCAAAGUGGAGGCCGACGUCAGCCUCCCGCAGGCAGAGCUCAAGGCCGGCGCCGCCGACGUCAGCAUCGCGGCCCCCGACAUCAAGUUGCCCUCCGUCGAAGGCUCCCUUGAGCUCCAGGCACCCGACAUAGACCUCAAAGCACCCUCCGCUGAAGUCUCGCUCGACGGGGCCAAACUGGAAGCCUCGGGCCUGAAAGGGAAGUUUAAGAUGCCCAAGUUCGACAAGCCCAAAUUUGGAGUGUCCUCCCCCAAAGCGGAAGGGCCCGAGGUCAGCCUGCCCAGCGCAGAGGUCGAGCUCCCCUCCGCCACCGUGACGGCCGCAGGAGAGGGCCCCGGCCUGAGCCUCAAAGCCGACGUCCCCGGCGCCAAAAUCGAAGGGGCCGGCUGGAAGCUGGAGAAGCCCUCCCUGAAAAUGCCCAAAGCUGACAUCAAGGCUCCCAAGGUGGACAUCAGCGUGCCCUCCGUCGACGUCACCCUUCCCAAGGCCAGCGUUGACGUGCAGGCGCCCGAGGCGACCCUCAGCCUGGAAGGGGAAGCAAAAGCCCCAGAGAAGGAGGCCGCCAAGACCAAAGACGGCAAGUUCAAGAUGCCCAAGUUCGGCAUGCCUUCCUUUGGCUGGUCCAGCAGCAGAGAGGCCAAGGGCAGCGUGGCCGCCGAGGUGGACGUCAGCCUCAAGGAGCCCCAAGUGACGGUGCCCUCGGGAGCCACCGAGGUGGACAUUACCCUGCCUGGGGCUGAGAUCCAUGUACCUGCUUCUGAAGUUCCUCUUGAUUCCUUGUCUUUUAUAGAGGACGAGAUGGGUAAAUCUCAAAGUUCUCUUUUUAGAAUGCAGAAAGUUUCUGUUUCUAAAAGUUCCAAACCUCAUGGAGAAAGUAAAUCCAGAGCUGAUGUUUCAAUGUCAGAAUCUCUUAGUUGUUCUGUAACAGAGGAUACUCCUACUGUUCUUUCAGGUAGUGUCGCAUCUAAGCCUUUGCCUGACUUAAAGGGAGAUAUUGUAUCUAAAAAUACUAGGUUCAGAAUUCCUAGCUUGGGUUUCUCCAAGGUUGAUUUGAGUUCAUCUGGAAGUGACCCUGAGUCCUCAUUUCAAAAAAAGGAUAUUACACUUACUAAAUACCAAGUUAAUCUAACGGAAUCUGAAUCAAAAGUACCAUCUCUUGCAGAUGAAAAUUUUUCAGAUUUUGAAAUUUUAAAUGAAGAUGGUUCUGUGGAGCAAGAAGGUCUUAAGCCAGAAGUUAAAACAAGAGCUGCUGAAAUAUCUUUGGGUGACACAGAUAUUACAGUUAAAAUUCCUAAGUUUAGAAAACCAAAAUUUGGAAUUCGAUCUAAGGGUAAAGCAUCAGAAAGUGACAUUGAUUUCAAAGUGGAAUCUGAAAUUUCCAAGGCAAGGAUAACAUCUGAUAUGACUGAUCCUGAUACUGGAAAACCAACUGUGAUCUCUGAUGUCAAGUUAGGUGUAAAGUUGCACAAGCCUUCACUUGAAGUUGUUCUGGAUGCACCAGUACUGGAUCCCAGUCUCUCACAAAUAGAAGUUACCAUGCCAAAAUCAGGAGAAAUCCAUGGCACAGAUUUAGACUGCAAGGCAGACCAGGAAGUAAUUUCAGGAGAGAAGGAUACUGAGGGGAAAGAAAACAAAUCUAAAUCGUCAAAAUUCAAACUGCCUUCAUUUCGUUGGUCUCCAAAGAAAGAAGCUAUUGUUCCAUCUCAGGUUGAAAAACAUCUGGAAGAACCCCCUUUGUGUACUUUAUCUGGAGACAAAGACUCUGAAUUAACUUUUCCUACUCCUGAGAAUCAAUACGUUCAUGUAGAACUUGACACAUCUAUAGAAAAAGAUGGUGAAAAGAUCAGAAACAAGAAGUCCCAAUUUACCAUGCCAAAGAUCUCAUUCCCUAAAAUUAAGGGUCAGAAAGUCCAAGUCUCUCUGCCUGUACUGGAAACUGAUAUCUGUGGUCCCAAACAAGAAAAAGAUGGUAUUUCAGUACAGAAAUCUGAGAAAGAGAUUAGUGGGGAAGGGGCUGGAAUGAGCAUAAAAAUGCCAAAAGUUACGGUCCCAACUUCGGAAUUUUCCAAACCAGAAGUCAAAGCUCCCGAAAUAGACAUGGAUAUUAGCAGGCCUACAGGUGAAGUCAUACUUCGUAUGUGUGAAGAAGAUGAUCUAAAAUUGAAAUCAGCUGCUGCUAAUGCCAGCCUCUCCACCUCAGAUAUUAGGAUGGUAACUGAAGGUUCACUUGAGAUAAAGAGUCCUGACGCAAGUGUUGAAAGAACAUCAAGUGAAAUUGCUGUGAGUGAUGUAGAAAUAAAAGCUGAAGGUCCUGAAGGGAAAACAAAAAUGUCUAAAUUCCAAAUGCCAAAGUUGGGAAUUACACUUUCUAAAGGGAAAGGGCCAGAAAAGGAGGUCAGCCAAUCCAAAUCAGAAGUCAAGGUUUCCCAGCUAAAAGCAACAGUAGAAAUAUCUGACAUUGUUGUUGAAGGACCAAACUUGGAGGUGGAAUGUGGCACAGGAACAGAGACUUACAGCCCUCAAGUCAAAAUGGCCAAAACUGACAGUAAGGCAUCAGAGUCUGAUGUUCACCUCCGUUCAGAUGACAUUUCUAUUCCAAAACCAGACAGUGAUAUUCAAGAUUCAGAUGCAGCACUAAAAAUCAAAGGGGAAAUAAAGCCAGAUGGAGAUGGAGAAGAGAAAGAAGGACAUUUCAAAAUGCCAAAAUUCAAACUUCCAUCCUUCAGUUGGUCACCAAAGAAGGAAGCAAGUGUUAAACCCGAUUCUGGAGCAAAUCUGGAAGACCAAAAGCUUGCUGUAAUGCCAAGCAGAAUAGAUACAGAAGUGAGAGGAAGUGGAAUGGAUGAUGAAGGUAGUGGAACAACCCUUGAUCUGGAAAUAUCUACAGGAAAAGUUGAACAAAAAAGUCCAAUUAAAAAGCCUCAAUUUGUCAUGCCUAAAAUUUCACUGUCCAAGAUCAAGGUUCCAAAAUCUCAGUCUCAUUCGUCAAAAGUUGAAGUUGAUGGUGCUCUUCUUAAAAUGGAAAGAGAGGGUGAUGAUUCAAUUCAGAUACCUGAUAUAGAAAGAAGUCAUUCUGAAAGGACUGAAGAAGGGGCACAAAUAAGCAUAAAAGUGGCUGAUGUUAAGUUCCACACUUUGGAGUUUUCCAAAAUAGAAACUGAAGUCUCUCAGAAUGAAAUGGGAAUCAGCUCAGCAAAGAUUGAUGCUGCUCUAACUCCCUCAGAGGGGAGUUUUCAACAGAUUGACCUAAAGUCAAGCUCUACCAAUGAAUGUAAUAUUCAAAAAACAGGUAUUAAGUUCCCCAAAGGAGAAGCUUCAGUUGAACUGAAGAGCCCUGAAAUAGUAAUAGAAAGAUCAUCAGUUGUGGAUGGAAGAAAAGUGAAAUUAGAAGGUCCUGAAGGGAAGAUUAAAAUGCCCAAAUUCCAGAAACCAAAGUUUGGAAUCUCCCUAACAAAAGGGAAAUGCCCAGAGGCAGAGAUCACCUCUCCAAAAAUAGAAGCUGAGCAACCCCAGCUAAAAAUUGCUGACAUUGCUGUGGGAGUUCCAGCAUCAGAACUUAUAUCUGAUAUAUCAGAUCCUGGAGUAGUUGUUUGUAAAAUAAAAACACCCGAAGAUCUGACUGGUGUCAUUGAAGCUCCAAAAGUAGACGUAAGCCUCCAGUCAGUGUCUAAACCAAGGACAGAGAGAGUUAUUGAGAGUCUUGAGGACAAAGAAAUCAAAUUUAAAGAACAUGAAAUAAAAGAUGAAGAAGUUCGGACUGAAGAACAUCAGGGAUGGUUUAAAAUGCCAAAAUUCAGAAUACCUGCAUUUGGCAGGACAUCCUUAAAGGAAAAAAAAUGUGAUGCUGAUAUUGAAAGUACGGAAAAAGCUCAGGCGAGCAUUCCCUCUGCAAAACUACAAACUGAAACAAGUAUUCCUGAAAAUACCUUCUCAUUACCACAUGCAGUUGCUGAAAUUACUAUUGGAGAAGCAGGGAUUAAAAAAAUUGAAGAUUCUGUGAGGAGUUCUGAUGUUAGCUUGUCGAAGAUGGAAGGAGAUAUUUCAUUGUCCACAGAAAGAACAGAUAGUAGAGUGAAUAUUCCAAAAACUGAAACUUAUGCAGACAUAGUUAAGCGUGGUGCUGAAGGACAAAAAAUGCAUACUUCAGAAUUCACAGUAUCUGCAGCAGAAUUGCCUAAAUCAUACCUAAGUGCUUCAGAAACUGGCAAAGACAACAGUUUAACAAAUAGGUUUUCUACAGGCACUCUGACUUUUCAAGAGCAUAAAGUCAAACCACAGGAUAUGGAGGUUCCAGAGGUAGAAAGUUCCACUAAGUUAGAGACUUCAGGAGUAGGAUGCAAACCAUCAUCAGCUGAAAUUACUCUGGAUGCAAUACAGGAGAAAACAGAUGUUAGACUUCCAAAGGAAGAGCUUGAUAUUCCAAAUAAAGAGGCAGCAAUUAAAAAAGGAAAGAUAAAGGGUGAGGUGAAAAUUAUAGGAAAAGACAGUGAAGAAAGUCAGUUAAAAAGGACUAUGUGUGAAUGGUCUACAACAAAGGGAUCAGCAGAUGGUACUUAUGUUACUGCUAAGCUGGAAGAUCUAAAAGUAGAAGUUCCAGGAGUGAAGACGAAUGUUAAAAUUACUAGAGUAGAUCCUGAAAUGAAAUUUCAAGUGAAAAGUGUUGAAAAGGAUGUGUCUGCAGGAAUGGAAGUGCAAGUAGAAGAUAGAGAAGAAACAAGUAAAACUAAAGCAUACAAGUUUAAGAUUCCAAAGUUUGGAAUGUUUCAUUCAGAAAUUAAGGGUUUGGAAGGUGAUAUCAGUGUUACAAAGUCAGGAGCUGAUUCAAUAUCUAAAAGUGAAAUAGGCACAGCAGAAAUGCAGUUACAGAAACCAGAAGGAUCUGUUGGCCUGAAAAGUCCAGCUCUGGAUUAUAUGGAAGCAUCUGCCAGAAUAACAGGGGAAACAGUGGACCAAUCAGAAAGUGGCCCAGAAGUAAUUGUAAGAAUUCCCAGACUAAAAAUACCAAGAUUCACUUUUAAAACUCUCCCAAUUGAAACUGAUGUUUUAGUGUCAAAAGUGGCAACAGAUCCAAAGGGAUCUAGUUCUGAUAUUGAAAUAGUGCAACUGGAAGCAAGCUCUGCUAUCUCUGAUGAAACACCAGGGGCUUUAGAGGGGAGUAUUCAAAAAGCAAAAAGCAAAAUUUUGAUGCUGACUGAACCUGACAUUAAAACAGCACAAAUGACAACUACCAUAGAGUCCUCCCUUUCAAAUGCAGGUCAGGACAUUCAUUGGUCUUACAUAGAAGGCCAAGAAGUGAGUGAGAAAGUAGAACCUGAACACGUUGCUAUUGAAAGGUGUGAGAUUUACACUACUGAAAUACUGAAAGAAUCAGAGAUUCUGUCAUCAAAAGUCAAAACUGCUACAUUGGGAUUCUCAUUGCUCAAGGCAAAGUUGCCUGAAUCACACAGUGACUUAGAAGUGCUAGUCCAGCAGCCAUCUCCGACGGAAGGUGGAUCAGUGAAAAAAUCUACAUGUGCUGGGGAAAGCUUUGGAGUAGCAGCACAGAGAACUGGCAGUGCUGAGCUUAAACUGUCUGACAAACCACAUCAUGAGUCCGAAAAAUUUAGUGGAGAAAUAAGUUUGCCAAAGUUAAAAACGUAUGCUGCUGAAGCAAAGCCUUCCAGUAAACUUGAAGAGGGUCUUCCUGAUAAAUCACCAGAGCGAAUAACUUCAGGUCCUCUCUCUAAAGAUGAGAAUGUAGCUGAAGCCGUGGAAGGUGAAGAAAAAGACAAAACCAAUGAGAAAGAAAAGACUGAUAGCAAAAGAUCUCCUGGAAGAUUCAAGUUUUGGCUUCCAGGGAUUGGCUUUUCAUCUUCUGGUGAUGAAGCAAGCACAGAUGUAAAAACAGAAGUAAAAAAAUCAGAUCCAGAAGAUAUGAAAUCUGCUGACACAUCAGAUGAUUUCUCUAAGCAAACUGAAAAAACUGGAUGGUUUAGAUUUCCCAAGCUUGGUUUCACAUCUCCUUCCAAAAAGGCUAAGUCUGUUGAAAAAGAAGAGAUGGGUCAUAAAGAGGGAAGAAUCUCAGAUGAAGAUAGCCCAUCAGAUAAACCUGAUGUAUUUUUUGAUGCUCAAGAAAGCUUAUCACCUAAAGAAACAACAAGGGAUGAAAAAGUUGAAAUUGAUGGGGCCUCAUCUAUUGUGACAUCUUUGGCAAGAACUGAACUAAUCUUGUUGGAGGAAGAAAAAGAUAGUAAAUCUAAUGUUGAUGGAGAUAUAACCAAAUGAAGGUUGUAUUUUCUCAGUACUCAAUGAAAACAAAAUCAUCUACAUGCACAGAAAAAAUGUUUUUUUAAUUUUCUGGUAACUGAAAAUUAAAACCCAAAGCUGAUGUUAAUAAAAAGAGUUGAACAGAAUUUACCAUAUGUAAAUUUUCAUUACAUGGAUGUACUAUAUUGUGCACUAAUAAAAAUAAUGAUUUCUUCAAAUCUGCCCCAAAGGCAAGAAUUAUGACAAGAGGAGCCCAUAGUUUGAACAAAGUCUGAAAAAACAUACCUGAAUCAUGAAAGUAAACCAUUGAAAGGCUCAGUGAUAGCAAAAGGUUUUUUAAAUAGGCUUCUCAAUACACACAAUGUAACUACGUUUAGAUAACAGUUUAUUUCCGGAAUGGGUUAUAAACUAGUACUAUAAGAACUAUAUUUACCUCUUUAGAUUUUGGACCUUUCUGACCUACUUUUGCUUUCUUAUUAAAAUGUUUUUCUUUAUUUCAGCUAAAGUAGUGUGUAUAUUCCACGAACAUUUUAAAAUAUAAAAUAAAAAUUAAAUACUAGUGUAGAGAGACUAACACUUUACCUCUUCCUCUCUUCUGAUUUUUUUAUUAUUGUGGUGGGUCAUAUUUAGCCUUAAAAGAUUUUAAAAAUACCAAAACAAAACCCAACAGAAUAAUUUCAAGACCAAAAACUUGUAACUAAUUCACAUUUUUAAGAUACCAGAAUAAAACAUGCUUACAAAGAAUAAUUAUAAGAAUGUGGAUAAAUAAAUUUUAAUGUAUAUAUUUAUGGGAUAGUUAAAUGCUUAGAAUGAUCUGCCACACUGGUGGAAUUGCUUCAAAGAUUUUCUGGGAAAGGAGGUGUAUAUAAUUAUUUGCUUCUUUGUUUAUAUCAAUGCUUCUCUCAAGGGCACAAUGGAAAACAGAGUGCAUAUGUGACAGCCUUCACAUGUACCAUUAAAACACUGUCUGUAUUAUUAAAGUCACAAUAAACUCACCAUAUGGAUAAUAA